CAUGUGCAUCACCAGAGGGCGCGUGAGCUGCUCCAUUACAGUGUCAAUAAUAUGGUCAUAUCUGCAAUUUCUGCACCCCCGAAUUCAAGGAAACAGUGUAGAUAUUACAGUAAUCAGCACAUGGACGUUUCCGUCUGAAUGCAGCGCUGGUGUUCUUGCUAAUCGCAUGCAUCUGUUCCUCACGCAGAGUCUGCUUCUGAAAUACACGGGAAUAACAGGAAGGAUUCCAUAAAGGAUUUGUGUGCAAUCCAAAAUAUCUCGUGUAGAUAAGUUCAAUCUGUAGCUGCAUAAUGAAGAGACGGUUUAGUGUUGUGGAGUCCCUGGUUCGUUUAUUUGAAUCCAGAGAAGAGGAAAGACAUGCAACCCUACAUACAAGUGAUGGAUGCAUAGAAGAAGAAAAAUGUGCAACCCUACAUACAAGUGAUGGAUGUAUAGAAGAAGAAAGUGAUGCGACCCUACAUUUAAGUGAGGGAUGGAUGGAAGAGGAAAGUGAUGCGACCCUACAUUCAAGUGAUGGAUGGAUGGAAGAGGAAAGAUAUCUGGAAGGAGAAGCUGAGCCAGAGGAGGAGCUCUUCGAUCAAGCUUCUGAAACAGAGGACAAUACAGAAUUCGACCCAGACUACCACUCUACUGAUGAGGAAGAGGAAGAGGAUCCUCCUGAUGUGGAGGCCGCUUACCAGUCCAAAAACUGGAACAUAUUGUGGACUUCAACAACUCCUUCAGAGAGACGAGGGAGAUUACCAUCUCAUCGUGUCAUCAAAAUGACCCCUGGACCAACCAGGUUUGCAUGUUCCAAUGCCAAAGACAUAAUAUCAACAUUUGAAUUGUUUUUCCCAGAUGACAUUAAAAAGAUUUUGAUUGAAAUGUCCAAUUUAGAGGGGAAACGAGUGUUUGGUAAAGCCUGGAAGAACCUGGACUGGACGGACAUACAGGCCUAUUUCGGUCUGUUGAUUCUGGCGGGCGUGUAUCGAUCCCACCAUGAGGCUUUGAGUAGCUUAUGGAACGGUGUGUCGGGAAGGGCAAUUUUUCGUGCUACCAUGUCUUUGAAUACUUUUACCAUUAUGUCAAGGAUCUUCUGCUUUUAUAGAAGGGUUGCAGGGCCUGGCCGACAGAAAGAUGACAAGCUGGCACCAGUAAGGGACAUCUGGGAAAAAUGGGUCCAACGCCUGCCGCUCUUGUACAAUCCAGGCCCGAGCAUCACUGUAGACGAGUGCCUGGUCCCUUUCAGAGGUCGCUGUCCCUUCAAACAAUACAUGCCGAGUAAACCGAGCAAGUAUGGAAUUAAAAUCUGGGCGGCGUGCGAUUCCAGCUCGAGCUACGCAUGGAACAUGCAGAUCUACACAGGCAAAGCUGCCGACAGAAAGCCAGAAAAGAACCAGGGAAUGCGUGUGGUCUUGGACAUGACAUCCGGUCUCCAGGGACACACCAUUACAUGUGACAACUUUUUCACCUCGUAUGCCCUCGGCGAGGAGCUGCUCCGAAGAAAAAUGACCAUGAUCGGAACAGUCAGAUCAAACAAGCCUGAGCUCCCGCCUGCACUCCUGUCAGUCAAAGGCAGGGCCCGAUUCUCGUCCAUGUUCGCCUUCACCGAGACACACGCUCUUGUGUCCUACUGUCCCAGAAAAAAUAAAAACGUGCUUUUGAUGAGCACAUUACAUAGAGAUGCCGCAAUAAGCAACAAAGACCACAAGAAGCCAGAAAUAAUCCUAGACUACAACAAGACCAAAGGUGGAGUUGACAACCUUGACAAGCUAGUUGCCACAUACACCUGCCAAAGAAAGAUAAAUCGUUGGCCAAUGGUUGUUUUCUUUAACAUGUUGGAUGUCUCCGCCUACAAUUCACUUGUGCUCUGGACCGAAAUAAAUCCUAUGUGGAACAAACAGAAGUGCUUCAAAAGGAGACUCUUUCUGGAAGAGCUAGGGGAAGCUCUGGUGACUCCCUUCAUGACAAGACGGCAAACCAUUCCCCGCUCGCUAGCCUCUCAGAAUAUGGUAAAGGAAGCACAAGCAGGCUCUUCAGAAAAUGAAGCCUCCCCCAAAGAGGUUCCGUACCAUAAAGUGAUGGAAGCACGUGCCUGCACUGUUGAAGUCAAAGAAACUGGCCCCUCGCCAGCCUCAACCCCCUCUAAGAGGAAAAGAUGUCAGGUCUGUGAAUCCAAGUUGGGCAAAAAAACCAACAUGACGUGCAGUAAGUGUAACAUGUACAUUUGCAGGUCUCACGCUGUUAUAACUUCUUACUGCUACCCAUGCAACAAGCGAAAGAAGGUUUAAACAGGAUUUGUCACUGCUUAUGUGCUGUUUUUUUACUCAGUCUUUAUGACAAAUUAUUUUCUUGCU